AUGGCGGCAGCAGCGGCAAGUAUCUCCCGUUCGGGCCUUUAUGAAGUGUAUUUUCGACAGCAAUGGUGUUGGGUCUACGUUUCACUGACCGAGGAAUCCCUUGUGCUGACAUUGGAUGAGAACCCAGACGUGUCAGCUAGUGCCAAUGGUGUGAGCAAUGGCGUAAUAGACGAGAAAUGUAUCGGCGGACCACAGGAUGGAUUAUCGUCACAGCCUAUGCUCCGUAAUGUCGUCGCCGGGGCUUCGGGAUCCAGCCUUCCUCCUCAUUUACCGGAUGGCAUUACAGGACAAAAGAGGGUGGUCAAGGUGAUCAAGGAAGAAGCUAACGGAUUGGGUAUCAGUAUUAAGGGCGGUAAAGAAAACAAGAUGCCGAUUUUGAUUAGUAAAAUCUUCAAGAGCAUGGCCGCUGACAAAACUGAAAAGUUGUAUGUUGGAGAUGCAAUUUUAUCUGUGAAUGGCGAGGACCUUCGCGAUGCUACACACGACGAAGCAGUCAAAGCCCUUAAAAAAGCAGGCAAAGAAGUUACCCUAGAAGUGAAAUAUCUUCGGGAGGUGACACCAUACUUUAAAAAAAAUUCUGCUCUGAGUGAGAUUGGUUGGGGUCCUCAGGAAUUCAAAGAUGAUUCAAAAAACAGUUGGACAGAAUCUAAACCGAUUCCUCUGAAACUUUGCUACCUGUGCCGAAAUAUAAAUAUGGUUGAGCCUGAAAAACGAACUAUAGAACUCCACUCUCCUGACGCUAAGAGUUCUUGUAUCCUGCGAUUCCCAGAUGCUGCAAUAACACUUGACUGGUUCAAUGCCAUCUAUUCUAACAUUGUACUGCUGACAGCCAUGACGGUCAUUGAGGCUAACCAAAUAAUGAGCACUGCUCCUAACCAAAGACAAAUUGAACAUAUGGGAUGGUUGUCAGAACAGUUAGUGAAUGAACAAGGAAAUCCAAGUUGGAAGGCUGUCUUUGUUGCCCUUACUGAUCAAGACAUGCUGCUGUAUGAUACUGCACCUUGGAGUAAAGAGGAAUGGGCUACUCCAUUCCAGAGUCACUCAUUGCUUGCUACAAGACUUGUGCAUUCUGGUCGUCAGUACAAUCCGGUUACAGAAUCUGAUGUUCUCACCUUUGGUACACGCUCUGGGACCCGGCAAGGCAUUGAUACACAUAUAUUUCGAGUGGAAACCCAGAGAGACCUUGCAAAUUGGUCACGAGCAUUAGUGCAAGGUGCACAUGGAGCUGCUGUGUUAGUCAAAGAAGUCACUUGUUUGGCCAUGUGGAAUCGACAAGAAACCAAACUCCAAGUGCACUAUGAAAAUGGUUUUACAUUGGUAAAGGAUGAUGAAUUGGCCAAAAAUUCAAUUUUAUGGCAUUAUCCUUUUGAGAAGUUGCGUAUGACUGCUGAUGAUGGCCAUCGUUUGUUGUGGUUAGACUUUGGAGAAGGAGAGCAAGAACUUGAUCUUCGCACUUGUCCUAAGCCAAUUGUAUUUGUAAUCCACACAUUUUUAUCAGCCAAGGUGAGCCGUCUUGGGUUGCUAGCAUAG